AUGAUCCACGCCUUCGACUGGGCAGCCUACAUACGCAGCCCAUUCAUGCAGGGACCUCGUCACCACGAGUUUUUGGUCUGGUACAGACAACGUGGACCUGGCAAGGUUAGGAUGUGCCUGGAGCUGUUUUACGACCAGUCAGACAAGUCGCUGGACCCCAACCGCAAAGGCUCCGUGAAGUCCUUCACACGCUACCUCUGCGGCUACAAUGUCCAAGCAGGCGAUGCCGUACUGGAGCGACAUGACAUACUUUGGAUCGCGUCUCGUCUCCCAUUUCCACGACUACCGGACAACAGCGACGUGACGGCGUGA